CGUGAUAUUGACCCCGUGACGUUUUGUUGCGAUUUGCCUGCUCAGUGGCAUCAGUUUUUAAGGUCCUGAUAUAGAAUAACAAAGAGGUCAAGAUGGAUAUCCGAGGGGCCGUGGAUGCUGCCGUCCCGACCAACAUCAUCGCAGCCAAGGCCGCAGAGGUUCGAGCAAACAAGGUCAACUGGCAGUCCUAUCUCCAGGGUCAAAUGAUUUCAGUUGAGGACUGUGAUUUCAUUAAGAAGUUUGAAGUUGCCAACUCUGAGGAUAAGCAAACAAUUCUGACCAAAGAAGGAAAUCAGUGUGCAAAGACCUUCCUCAACCUGAUGGCUCAUAUUUCCAAGGAGCAAACAGUUCAGUACAUCUUGACCCUGAUUGAUGACACGCUGCAGGAAAAUCAUCAGAGAGUGAAUAUAUUCUUUGAUUAUGCCAAGAAGACUAAGAACACAGCCUGGUCUUAUUUCCUCCCAAUGCUGAACCGUCAAGAUCUCUUUACUGUUCACAUGGCUGCGAGGAUCAUAGCCAAGCUGGCUGCCUGGGGUCGUGACCUAAUGGAGGGCAGUGACCGGAACUACUACUUCAACUGGAUUAAGACCCAGCUCAGCUCUCAGAAACUACAUGGUACAGGUGCAGAACCCAGAACAGGCACCAUCUCUCCCAGUGAAAGCUCCCAGUACGUUCAGUGUGUUGCCGGUUGCCUGCAGCUAAUGCUUAGAGUGAAUGAAUACAGAUUCGCAUGGGUGGAAGCCGACGGAGUGAACUGCAUCACGGCAGUGCUGAGCAAUAAGUGUGGCUUCCAGCUGCAGUACCAGAUGAUCUUCUGCGUGUGGCUUCUGGCCUUCAGCCCUCAACUCUGCGAACAGCUGCGGCGCUACAACGUGGUACCUGCGCUCUCUGACAUCUUCCAAGAGUCUGUCAAAGAGAAGGUCACUCGCAUAAUCCUGGCUGCAUUCAGGAACCUGCUGGAGAAGUCUGCUGAAAGAGAGACCCGUCAAGAAUACGCUCUUGCCAUGAUCCAGUGCAAAGUGCUUAAACAGCUGGAGAACCUGGACCAGCAGAAAUACGAUGAUGAAGACAUUACAGAUGACAUCAAGUUUCUGCUUGAGAAACUGGGAGAGAGCGUUCAGGAUCUCAGCUCUUUCGAUGAGUACAGCUCUGAGCUGAAGUCUGGCCGUCUGGAGUGGAGUCCAGUGCACAAAUCCGAGAAGUUCUGGAGGGAAAAUGCUGUUCGCCUAAAUGAAAAGAACUAUGAGCUGCUGAAGAUACUGACCAGAUUGUUGGAAGUGUCGGAUGACCCUCAGGUUAUUGCUGUUGCAGCUCACGAUGUGGGAGAAUACGUGAGACAUUACCCUCGGGGCAAGAGGGUGAUCGAGCAGCUGGGUGGUAAACAGCUGGUGAUGAACCACAUGCAUCAUGAAGAUCAGCUUGUCCGGUAUAAUGCCCUGCUGGCUGUCCAGAAGCUCAUGGUUCAUAACUGGGAGUACCUGGGGAAGCAGUUGCAGUCCACUGAACAGUCGACUCCUGCUGUUGCUGCCCGAAGCUGAACUGCUCCUUUGCUUAAGUGUGAUUGAGUCUUUGUGUUUGAUCCAGUGUCUUUUGUGUGAUUGUAAAUUUGUGCUAUAUAAUGAAUAUGUCAAACAAAGAACAUUGAGAGAGUUGAUGUAUUGUACCGUGACAUUAUAAUUGAUCUAUUUUUGUUGUUCUUUUUCUCAUUGUGUAAAGUUGUGUGUUGAUGUAACAAAAUCACAUUAAGUAAUCUAAAUAGUUCCCAGAGAAACAAGAAAUGUUAUUUAUGUCUUAAGUGCAAAGCAAUGAGUAUGCAUUCCAAUAAAUAGUCUGAUGCAAGAAGUAUAUCUCUUGCUUUAAUUCAAAUUUUAAUAGAUUUUUUUUUUCUUGAGUUAUAAGGCUGCAUUUUCUAUUACAUUGUUUUACUGCAAAAGAAACCACUACAACAUAAUGUUAAUAAAUGUUCUUUUAAAAGCUUUAAUAUGUGAAUCCCCAUUCACAACCUAUGUUAAUUUUGUAAUGUAACGUAUUUCUGAGUGACAGGAUAUUCAUUGAGGGAAAAAAUGUGUGGUAAAUGGUAGACAUUCCAUUCCAGAAUGAAGCGAGACCUGAAUACAAUUUUGCUAAAACAAAGGUAUUACAUAUGGAUUAAAGAUAACAACAACACUUUUAAAUAAAUUGUGUGCACUGAAGAGAAAAUAAAUAGUGUUCAAUUUUGUUUCCAUGUUAACAUUCAAAUAUGCAAAUAUAUAAAAAUUUAGAAUGAUAAAAAUUGCAGAUGUUACACGGCUACAAAAAUGUGCUUAUAUAAUUUUCAGUUUGCUUUCAAAUUCUUGUUUUUAGAAUAGAGGGAAACAUUUUUUGAAUUUAUUUGCACUUCAUCCCAGGAGUUUAUAGAAAUGGAUUGAUUCUCUGUGAUGUUGAAGUCUCACUCAAAUAUCAGAUUUGUAUAGUAAUCCUUCAAUGUCUGAAGUCUCUGAAUCACAUUAUUACUCUUAGUGUAAUACGCAAUGAAACCACCUACAGGUCAUUAUUUCAUUUCUGUGUUUCGCUAUGUUUUGCUUGUGAAAGGACCGAAUAAUUUUAAGAUUGCCACAUACCACUGGUUUCAAACGUAUAAGUAAUUUUUCAACUGUUGCUCUAAGGGAUAACUUUUGUUAACCUUUAUAACAACUUUGUUCUCUUGAAAUGACUUAUCUGCCCUCAUACACUGAAACUAAAGGAAAGUCUCUUGUAAUGUAAUGACACUGAACCUCAGGUCUUGAAGUCUGCUUUGAUACUUGAAGACCUCCAAACUGAAUGUAGAUAGUGGGUCAUACUGUGGAACUAACCAGGUCAGAAAUAAACAACAAAAAUGCCCCUGAAAUUCAAAAUUUAAUGGCAAGAAAUGCAUCCCUGAGUUUAGGCCUAUCUAUACACAUUAUUGUACAUACUAUACAGUAUUGGUUGAUGUUGAUUGAAUGUGAUGGGUAAGAGGUAAUAAAUUCUCAAUCUUUUUAUUUA